AUGGAACAACGAAAGGAGGAUAUAACUAGAAGGCCAUUAUACGUCUAUGACCUCCCACAAGAUAUUUUAUCAACACUCGCGCGCAAGGACGAUUCCAAUGACGACGCCUACCAGGCAGAUACCAAUCCGCCUACAGACACGACCGAGCGAGUUAUACAAACCAAACCCGGAGAUGUGGGAUCAAAGGCCUGUUCGUUAUGCGGUGGAACUUUUUAUACUGUGGAGGACCAAAAGAGUCAUGUACGAUCGGAUUUCCACAACUAUAAUUUAAAGCAAAAGAUUCGAGGGGCGAAAGCUGUUACGGAAAUUGAGUUCGAGAAGUUGGUAGGAGACCUCGAUGAGAGUCUUUCGGGAUCUGAUUCAUCGGAUACCGAAGAAGAGGAAGAGGAUGGAGGGCGCAAAGAAACGACAUUGAGCUCAUUACUCAAGAAGCAAGCUGUUAUAGCAUCAACGAGCAAUGAAUUUGACGAUAAUCCCGGGUUAAGGAAAAGAACGAGAGGCUCUGGAAAGGCUCCAAUGAUUUGGUUUACAACAUCUACGAUGCCGAAGAACACUUACCUUGGGAUAUACCGAGCGAUUUUUACAAAUGAAGAGCAAGAAAAGGAAACCCCAAUGCACGAAAUUGUUCAGCGAAAGCAACUUUCUCCGAAACCCCAGAAUAAGGUACCAGUCAAUAGUGAAGGAGUUCCGUUGCCAGAAUCUUACAAAGAUCCACAUAUCUUUAUGUGUAUGAUAGGAGGUGGUCAUUUUGCUGCCAUGGUCGUAUCUCUUGCCCCUAAACAAGUCAAGAACCCACAGGCAACAACUGGUCCAUUGACUAAAGAAGCAGUUGUACUCGCUCAUAAAACUUUUCAUCGAUACACCACCCGUCGCAAACAAGGAGGAGCUCAAUCUGCUAAUGAUUCCGCAAAAGGAGCCGCUCAUAGUGCCGGAUCUAGUCUCCGUCGCUACAAUGAACAAGCUCUACAAGAUGAAGUACGUCAACUUCUCACUUCAUGGAAAGGAAUCAUAGAUACUUCUGAGUUACUGUUCAUCCGUGCCACUGGUACCACUAAUCGACGUACUCUAUUCGGACCAUAUGACGACCAAGUAUUAAAACAAAAUGAUCCGCGAAUUCGUGGAUUCCCUUUUAGCACGAAAAGAGCCACGCAAAACGAACUUAUGCGCUCCUUCGUCGAACUCACCCGUGUCAAAAUUCUUGAAGUAGACGAAGAAGCCCUGGCAGCUAAACGUGCCGCCUUUCUCUCGGCGCAACAAUCCCUCGUCGCCAAGAAAGAAGCAGCCGCAGCAUCAAAACCUCAACCCAAAAAGCUAACAGAAGAAGAAGAAACGGCACUUCUACAUACAUCACAACUACAAUCCUUAAUCCGUCGCUCAAAACUUCCUGCUCUAUUAUCUUACCUCCAAACAAAUUUCGUAUCUCCAAACUUUCAUUUCCAACCCGAAGAACAAAAUUACCAUGCUCCUACUCCCUUACAUUUAGCCGCAAGUUUGAACUCGAAAUUAUUAGUCGAGGGAUUAUUAUUAAAGGCAGAUGCGGAUCCGACCAUUAAAAACGGAGAUGGGAAAACAGCUUUUGAAUUAUGCGGAGAGAGAAGCACGAGAGAUGCUUUCCGAGUCUGUAGAUACGAAUUAUCCUCUCCUAAAGGAUAUACCUGGGAAACCUCAAAUGUUCCCUCAGGACUAAGUAGAGAAGACGCAAGCAAAAGAGACGCGCGGGAAAAAGAAGAGGAACAUAGAAGGAAAAUGGAAGAGAAGAGUAUAGAUGAUGAGAGGUUAGCGAAAGAAGAAGAAGAGAGGGAGAGAGAGAGGAAUCUGAAAGGAGGAGGAAAAUUUAGUAGUAGAGCGGGAAAGGGAAAGAUUAUAGGGGCGGGUGUACAGGCUAGCGGUCAGGAAAAGAGAGAGCAGGAAAUGAGGGACAUGACGCCGGAAAUGAAGAUGAGGGUUGAGAGGGAGAGGAGGGCGAGGGCGGCGGAGGAGAGGAUGAAGAGGUUGGGGUAG